GUGGAUUCAACCGAGAAUGAGUGUUUCAUAUAGAGGAACGAUUAUGAGGACUAAAUCUGGUAAAAUCUCAUCACCAGUGGAACAAGAGCCUUGUGUUUCCUGUACCACAUUCAACAUCCUGGCUCCCAUCUACAAGCGAUUGGAUCAGCAGAAUCCCAACAUACGAGAGAGUGAUUUUAGAGCCUUUUGGUUAGCUAGAAAUGAAAGGAUUCUAGAUUGGUUGCUCUAUGAAUGUUCUUCCAUCAUCUGUCUCCAGGAAUUUUGGGUUGGAAACGAGGAAUUGGUGCAUAUGUUUGAAGAUAGGCUUGCUGCUGCAGACUACCAGACCUUCAAACUCGCACGAACCAACAACCGAGGAGAUGGUUUACUAACUGCUAUACACAAGGACUACUUCAGGGUCUUAAAUUAUAGAGAAUUGCUCUUCAAUGACUGUGGAGACCGAGUUGCUCAAUUGUUACAUGUUCAAUCAGUUUUCCCUUCUUCAAUAAAUAAGAAUACCCGUGUUCAACAAGAAACUAUUAUUGUCAACACCCACCUAUUGUUUCCUCACGAUUCCAGUUUAUCGGUAGUAAGACUGCACCAGGUUUAUCAAAUAUUACUAUAUCUGGAAACAUAUCAGAAAGAAAACAAAGUCACCCACAUGCCUGUCAUACUAUGCGGUGACUGGAACGGAAGCAAGCGUGGGCAUGUCUACAAGUUCCUAAGGUCCCAGGGAUUUGUGUCAUCUUAUGAUAUUGCUCAUGAAUAUACAAACAGUGUAUAUGCUGACAAGUGGGUUAGUCAUCGGAAUCAUAGAGGAAACAUCUGCAGUGUCGAUUUCAUAUGGCUUCGUAAUCCUAAUAAGCCACGAAAACCAUUAAAGAUAAGUUGGGCCGAAGCAGCUUUUGGCAUAAUAAAGUUUCAACUUCAAAAGGCUUCAUUGGCCGAAAGAGAUGCCUUUGCCUUUCUAAGGGCUGACAACAAUGUCGACUAUAUAACCUAUUCGGCUUUCUGUGAGGCUCUUAGACAGGUAAACUUAACAGGUCUUUCUUAUGGACUAAGUUUCCAGGAUACGAAAGAUCUCUGGGUCCAGGCAGACUUCGAUGGAAAUGGUGUUUUAGAUUAUGAAGAGUUUAAGAGAAUCUGGAACUAUACAUGGUCAGAAGAUCCGGACGAUGAUUGCAGCUUGGACGACUCGAAUGAAGGUAAUGAAGAAGAGGCUAUUGGUUUUGCAGUAAAGAAUGCAGCUCUCUUCCCUCGUGAAGUGGAGAAAGGGAUAUGGCCCGAAAACUACUCUCUUUCAGAUCAUGCUCGACUCACUGCAGUGUUCUCACCCGUGAGAUUACGGUGUCCACAACGGAGCCCGUAGAGCAGUUGUGGAUGGCUCAAAAUGAGAAAUUAGAUUUUGUUUUGCGUAUUCGGAGAGUUUGCAGAGUUUAAGCUGAUCAGCCUAGCA